AGGAUGAGCAGCGAGUAAAGUUUGGUGUGUUGUCCGGCCAAAGUAGCAGCAGCAGCAGCAGCAAGCAAAACGGAAAGCGAUGACGAUGAUGGUGGACAACUUCGAAUGUGCUGGAUACACGUUCUACUCGAAGUUCGAUUCCGGCAACCUGGGCAAGGUUGAGCUGGUACGAUGCUGUGAAGGACUCGGCAUCGUUGGUAACACGGUGUCGAAUGUUAUAGGUGCAGGAGGGGGAACGUCUUCUGCAGGAGGAGGAGGAGGAGGAGGAAGUAGCGCUCCCAUUAUUGGUUCGGGAUGCAGUACCGUUCAGACCACCGGCAUUACCAGUGCUUCCGCGAUAGUAGCCGCAACACUUGGGAUCGGUUUGGGACAACAGCAGCAACAUCAUGGACUGCUUUCCUCGACCGCUGGAAGUGGCAACGGUAGCUCAAUCACGGUAGCCGGAGCCACUAGCACCCUUGGUUUACCAAUCCCCUCACCUACGCCGCAUGCGACCGAAAACCCGCUGGUGGAGGUAGAGUUCAAUUUGUGGACAAGACCGGACUGUGGUGGCACGCCAUACGAAAAUCAGAAUCGCACCUGGUUUCAUUUCGCCGUGACGGGUGGACGCCCAAAUCAGAUCGUGAAGUUCAACGUGAUGAAUCUGAACAAGCAAGCCAAACUGUUCAGCCAGGGAAUGCAUCCGGUGACGAAGGUUGGCCCCAAUGGGCGUUGGGAGCGGAUCAAAGAUAAACCAUCAUAUUCGAUCACGAACGAUGUGUUUUUCAUUUCCUUCCUGCACAAGGUGCCGGAGGUGGGCGGAGAUCAGAUACGAAUCUAUUACGCUUUUACGUUUCCCUUCACAUACACCGAACUGCUCGACCAGUUGGCCUCGUUCGACCGAAAGUUUGGACGGCACCCGUUCGAGCUAAACAAAAUGGCGUAUGAAAUAUCGCAAAAGUACGAUUCACUCCCGGCGGCCACCGCAGAGGAGUCGAAGAACAUAUCCAAUCUUGCGCCCCACCGCCGGAAAGGAAAGCUAUCGAAGAUGGAGCGCGUUGAUCGAACUAGCCCAGAAUCGUUCGAUGAGACGGCACGCGAUGGCGUUGGCCAGACCAUACCGACCAAGGAAGCCUUGUUGUCGGAAGCGAACAAAUCCCUACAAUCCGUGCUCGGAUCGGGAACCGGUGGAAUGAUAAUAGACGAAAAUACCUCCGAAUCGAUGCAACAGAUAACAAGUCUUGUACAUAAGGUGAAAAUAGAGUUACCGUCUGGUGCUACUGCCGGUAGUGGUGAAACAAAACAAUCCGCACAAGCGUCCUCAUCGACGUGCACAACGAAGACGAAGUUACCAUCGUUUCAUCAUCAGCUGAAUGUCGCAUCGUCUACCCCAAAUCUCUCAGAGGAGGAUUUGAAGAUGGAUCCACGGGAUGAAAUCUAUUACUGCCGGGAGCUGCUAACACACUCGAUUGAACGUCGCCGGAUCGAACUACUCACGAUAAGCUCCUUUCACAAGAUCCAAACGGCUCGGGAGGUACGACUGCGCAAUCUUUUCCCGGACGACGAGGCUCAGCGUUGUCAUACGUUUAAGGAUAAGAAAAUCGUUUUCAUCUCGUCGCGCGUGCAUCCGGGUGAAACGCCAGCCAGUUUCGUGCUGAACGGGUUUCUCAGCAUGCUGCUCGAUCGGAAAAGUGUAGUCGCGCAAACGCUGCGCAGGAUGUACGUGUUUAAGAUUAUACCAUUCUUGAACCCGGAUGGAGUAUACAAUGGCUUGUAUCGUUCGGACACCCGAGGGCACAAUCUCAACCGAGUGUAUAUAAGCCCGUGCCACGAGACACAACCAGCGAUUUAUGCAGCCAGGAAGUUAAUUCGAUACUACCAUCUUGGUGUAGAUGAAGUUGAACCAUACGAAUUGGAAAAGGAUGCAGCACAAGCUGCUGCAUCCGCAGAAGUAAAGGACAACGUCGUUGAUCCUGCAGCUGUAACAUCUUCCUCAGAAGCCUCCACAUCAACGGAUGCAACGGGUGGCAAUGUUAAUGUGGCACUUAAAAAAGUGGAAGGAACGACUCGAAAGCGACGCACUCCGUCCCUCUCCAGCGUACCGUCCAUAAGCGUGUCUAGCGAGAGAAGAUCUGUGAUCGCUUUUGUAACACCCACCGAACCAACGGCCAACUUGUCAAAUCGAUCGAAAUCCGUAACAUCAUCGUGGUCGGAUAAGAUUUUUGGCAAAAUUCUACGCCGUCGUCGCGCAAAGUCUGUAGCGUCCGAACAUUCUGCCGAGAGUCUUGCGCUUCCUGCUGGGAAGUUGUCCCCAAUAGCGCAGGCCCUUCCGAAGCCCACUUUACUGUUGCCUGCGGUUGAGGAAGAAACAGUGACGACGAAGGAACUAGUGGUCACGUCGUCGACAUCACCCGUGUUGUCAUCUCCAGCGGGUCUUAUUAAUGCCAACGCGGCAACCGCUUCUAACACAUCGUCACCACUCACCGAUGAGUCUGAUUCAGUCGAACAAGAUACACCGGCGGCGUCUGAUUCCGGGUUCAGUGAGGCAAGUUCAACAUCGUCUUUGUUGACUUCGAAGGCCGCAUCAACCACGCUGCUCACCCAAUCAUCGGCAGAUUCAAGCGUUUAUCCUCACGGGGGAAAAACCACGCCAGUUCCGGUUCAGGUUCCGGACGCAUCACCUCCCACCGUAGUGCAACCUCCAUCUCUCGUUGCGGCUGCUACGACUGCAGCACAAGUCUUCACCGAGAAACUUAUUCCCGAGCUAAAUCCUAUCCUCAGCGAAGGGAGUAACACCAAUCUUGGACAUGCGUCAGUUCGCACCGGGCCACCCACUAGCGGUCGUAGUGCCUCCAGUUUGAGCUUAAAAAAAUCAGUUCACUCGGUGGCAGCCAGGGUCGAUACGGGGAAAGGAUGCAUCGGUAAGGGUGCGCAUCACAAGCAGCAUGUAUUGAGCAAGCCACAGUUUCUUGGCGCUACACCAGGCACACUAAAGUUCAAGGAGUUUCUGGUCCAUCCUCACCAACACCACCAUCACCAUCAUCAUCAUCAUCACCAUCACCACCAUCAUCAUUUGGCUAGUGGAGGAACGGCAGCGGGUGGAAUGUCAAGUGGUGCCACCAUACAAGGACAGGUCGUUACCACGCUACACGGUGGCAAAUUGGCGCUUGGAUCAUUUAAAAAAGGUGCCGGAAGUGGAAAGCAGCAAACAACAUCUUCCACGACAUCUUCCUUGAUUGGCGUGAGUGGAAUAGUAGGAGGUCGAGCUUCGGGUGGUGGAAGUGUCCUUGGCGAAACUGGCACUGCUCCGGGAGGUAAAAAUCGUCCCCAGACGCCUCAAACAAACGCCGCCCAGUUUAGCCACUAUCGAUCGCAUCGUAACGAAUACCUGAAUCCAGUAAUUGGAGCAGGUGGAAUUGGCGGUGGUGCACGAAGCUUGAACAUUAGUAUGGAUUUUCUGGCCCAGCUGGACGAACGGCACGACAGGGUAGUGUAUGAGGAUCGGAGCAAUUUGUUCAUGUACAUUGAUUUGCAUGGACAUGCCUCGAAGAAAGGUGUCUUCAUGUACGGGAACCAUCUGCCCAACACGAUCGAAGCCGUCGAGUGUAUGCUGUUGCCACGGUUAAUGAGCCUCAAUUCGCAGCACUUCCACUUUGAUGCGUGCAACUUCAGCGAGCGGAACAUGUACUACAAAGGGAAAAGAGAUGGCCUAUCCAAGGAAGGUUCUGGUCGUGUAGCCGUCUAUAAGACGACCGGAUUGAUUAAAAGUUACACACUCGAAUGUAACUACAAUACUGGCAAAUGUGUUAAUAUACUGCCACCCAGGGGCAAGGAGAUUGUUGCUAAAACAACGCACACGCUGGUACCUCCCAAGUACACACCGGCCGUAUUCGAGGAGGUUGGCAAAGCUCUCGGACCGUCGAUAUUGGAUCUGACCAACUCGAACCCACUGUCACGAUUACCAAAUUGCGAGUUUCGCACGCUGCAGGGUCUACGGAAUGCACUGCGAAUCGAAAUCGAACGUGGGUCAUCGAAGGCACGCGUCACUAACAAGACUCAAAAGUCUCACACGAAGCGGCUCGCCAAUCAGCUGUCCUGUUCAAUAGACGUUGCUAAGGAAAACGCUAUCCAAUGGGAUCCAACGGUCGGGCUCGGUUCCGGGGGUCAACCCGGUACCACCGUCUCAACCGUGGCCAGCGGUGCCAAUGUUUGUAAAAUUGUAAGCGACCCCGAUUCGACGACUCUUCUACUAACGAGCACGGGUGGUAGUAGUGGCAAUGCGAACAACACUGCUAGCCAUUCCGUUGUGCCCGGUAUGGUUGGCCCUGGGGCCGGAUCUAGCGGACGGCAGGUGUUGAAAACGACGGGUUCCGGGUCCGUCACACUGAAAACGUCCCAUGGUCCCGCGGCUAGCAAGAUAUCGCGCAAAGUGAGUAGUUUUGGAAAGUCGAAGAAAGCAAAGGUGCUGUGCGAUGUCGGUGGGGGAGUGACCGGUGCAUCGGGGAUAGGUACCGGUAGUGGCAAGAAAAUCCAGGAGCUUAUGCUUCGCAGCACGAAAGAACAAGUGCCUCGCAAAAAGAUCAAAGUGUCACCGCAACAUCCGGGUAUCGGUGGCCCUGGGAGUGGUUCCGGUGUGGAUCGAACGGCGGCAUUAGAGCUGUGUUUUAAGGGCAGUCUAAGUUCGGGUUCGUUACCCAACUUUUUAACCGUUGUGCCGGGUACUCUUUCGGACCUUCCGUCACUGGCACCGGGCAAGAAAGUCAAGUCGGAAAGCAAGCUGCUGGAUGUGAACAGCAUGAUGCAGUGUGACGAUAGCUUCGAUGCGGCGCCCUGUUGUUCUUAUACCACCGUUCCACUGGCAACGGGCACGAUCGUUACCACGACUGGUGGAAUUUCGAAGUUUAUCUCGACUUACACACAGGCAACGACCGAUCUGCACACCAGUACGGUGCUUAGUGCCGGUGCGGAAGAGCUGAUCACACUCGGCUGUAGUGACGUCGUUACGUCCUCCGUUUGUCCAGGAUCAUCUCUUGAUAGUGGAGCUGCUGGUGGAGGUAGCAUCGCGAGUGGAAGUGGCAGCAGCAGCGGUGAAACGAAGAGUGGUAAAUUUGGUAAGAAUUCGCUUAAACCCAAGCAGACGAAACUGGCCAAAUCGACCAAAUCGGGCAACGACGUCACCGGGAAGAAGUUACUAAAGAAGAAGCGGUCUCUCAAGACAGAUUCAAGUCUAAAGCGAAAGAAAACACGCGUUAAACCGGCACUUACCUAGGCGUUCGGUAAAGCAAUCGAAAACUGUUUGAAGUGUCUCGUCCCAUUGAUUUGGGAUGGAUAUAGUUGAGAGAGUGUGUGGUGGGUGCUGUUGAGUAUAUUUAUUUAAACGUAUCAGUAUGUUUUCGUAAUGCGUGCGCUAUCGCUCCGAUCACCGAUCUUAGUGUUCACUAAAAGUGGACAUUAUAUUAUGUGUUUAUUUUUCUUGCUGAUGCUUCUAUUAUAUUGUUAUACAAUCAGACUUUAAAUUUCCUUCCAAAACGAACAACACCGCUUGUGUUUUUUUGGCGCAGUGUGAUAUUUCAUUUAUAUUUUGUUAAUCUUAUUUCAAGAGAGAGUGUGUAUUUUAUUAUUUUACUUUUAUCUCUUUGUAGCUUGACCAUAGGUAUAAUAUUGUUUUGUGUUAAACGAAUAUGUAUCGAUAUGAUGAGCGUUAGACACUUUUCGGGAUACAGAUGCGAAAAGAUCAUCACUAUCAUCACUACGAAAAUUGCAUCACUAAAUUGAAGACAACACAUUGUUGAAUGUGUUGAAGACAUACAAAUGUUGAAGACUACACAUUUAACAUGAGACAGUCCUCAACACAGCUGUUUGCCGUAGCCCGGAGAAAAGAUUCGAUUUGUUUAUCCGCCUUUCGAUACUACUAUCUGCAUAAAAAUGGACUAUAAAGGAGUGAUAUAAUUUGCUUUUGUAAGAUUUCGCGACAAACACUUAAUUCAUGUUCACUGAAUCAUUUACCUGUCUAUGUAUAGACUCAAGAAUUCAUAUAUGUAUUAUUAGGGGUCGUGUAAGCGAGGAUAGAAUAAAUAAGUUCGAUAAAGGAAUUGUCGUGCCUGAGGUUCGUGUGGAAAUUUGGCUUUAGAUUUAGAAGCAUGAAUGCAAAUCGACAGUUGUAGGUCGGAAACAGAGAAAGAUAGCGCUUUUGACAUGCUACUUGAAAUGUUUUCUCACGUACAUAGCAAUUGGGCCAUGUGCGGCUCCGGAACGAACGUAAUAUAACAACGGUUUUUGCUUGUUUUUAGAUAGGAAGCAGUAUCUAUCGAAAAGUACUCGCCAACAGCCACAAAGCAUUUCAUUUGAAGUAUUGGAACUGUUACCAUUUACACGGGUAGCAAUAUAUGUGGUCAAAAUAAUUUAGAAUGCCGGAUCGUACACAGAGAAAGACUUAUGUAUGGGAAACAUCGUGAUAAGAGCAAGAAAAUUUGUUGAAUAAAGAGACGAAAGAAGUACAGAA